UUGCUAAGAGCCCCUAUUUUUCCAAACUUUAGAGACGCCAAAUGGGGUCAACCGCCCUGGACUGAUCAUCUCUCUGGCUCCCUAACCGAGAGCAAGUAUGCUAAUCUUCCUUUACACCCUCCUCCACCUCCUCUGCCUUCCGUUGGUAUGGACCAAGUCAUCUCUGGUGAUCUUGUCCUCUCAAUUUCUGGGGUGCAUCUGGACUCCACACCUCAGGAUCCCUUUAUCGCAGCCUCUUUCUUAGAUAACUCCAUUUGGCUGGAACUACUCUGGUACGCUAACCAGUCGAUUGCUGCACUAGUCUGCUGUGGCGCCAUCUACGACACUCUCGCUCUAUUUACCACUCCCACUGCCACCCAUCGAGUUGUUGAGUCCUCUGACACAGCUCUUAGUGGUUCGGGAGUGGGGAACCAUUUCCACCAAAUCUCAAAUAAUACCUCCGUUACAGCUUGUACUGGAGUCGCUACUUCUACCCCCUCAUCCAAUGCCACCUCAUCCACUACUAUGUUAGCCAGUGGAGUGAUGGCAGAGGAGGAAUGCGGUCCGCUAACCCUUUCUACCAUCGCCACCAAUUCCCUUGUCUCAACCCCUGCACAGGCUCUGAACUCUGUUUCUCUCACCACACCGAUAGGACCGGGGUUUUCAUCUUCAGAGGGGCAACCGGCACCGGGAUACAUAUUUCAUUGGUUGAAGGGACUGUUGUUGUGUCAAGACGGAAAGCUUAGCAUUUCGCCGUGGUUGUGGGGACUGCCGGUGGUGAAUUUCGGGGUCUGUUCAACAGCCCUCAAAGGUCCUCACGCCAAAACUGGUGCGCGGAAUAUUCGGCUGGAGGAUAGUUUAAGGUCCAUUGUAAUUGCUGCCGCUGCUGGACGUCGACUGGACUCGCUCUUCCGUCAACUGGGGGAGGAGACUUUAACUCUCCUUCUGGACAUGAACUGUGACCUUCCAGGCCUAUUGGAGAUCCUCGUCGAUCAGUGCUACACCGGUUCUUUGAAUGUCAUUCAGGCCUUUUUCGUUAUCAUCACACAACAUUUCAUUAAAAACCCCAAAACGCAUUGUGACAAGUUUACCAUGCUUACACUGGCCAUGGUGUUCUGUGAACACACCGUCCCUGUGAUUCGAGAAAAUGCCAUGUUCCUGCUGCAAACUCUCUACUAUCGCUUCAUUCUUCUGCCUGUUCGGGAGCUCCACCAGCGCAUGCACCCGGAAUGUCCAAAGAUGGUUACGUCAACUCCGGUGACGAGUAUCUCUGGUGAGCUAAACGAUAGCCAUACGGGAAUGUGUUUAUCUGCUCUAGCAGAUGAACUGCUCUGGCGUGAGAUUGGUCACUGGAAGCCCUGUGAUGUACUUAGGCAAUUCUGCGCUCAACAUCCCACCUACACACUUCCAAUGGUAUCUGAAAUCUGUCGAAGGUUAGCAACAGCUUCCAGUGAGGUGCGAUGUCGACUGAUCAAUCUAUUGCACUAUUGGACCAUCAACAUUGAAUUGGUCGAUUUAUUUACCCAAGGCUCUAGUAGUAAAAACAACACUCCAUGUGGAGAUGGUUUCAUAGAGAACUACUCGGGUUGUCCUGAGGAUGCUUCCACAGUCGCGACUCUGGAACCCAUAUCUCCAUCAGGAAGGACGGAUGCGGUGACCACUUCGGAACCGAGUUCAGGCUCAGACGUAGAGAUCGAGGGAGAAAGUGUUAACAAGCAAAACUCCUCCAUCUCUUCGAACUCAUCUGUAUCCUCGUCUCCAGCUUCUUCGAUUUCCUCCUCAGAUUCUUCUUCCUCUUGCACCUCUAAUUCAACAUCAAUUUCUACAGACUCUUCCAAUAUUGAUUUGGGUGAAUGCGGUUCUGGUGCACAGGUGACGUCAAACUUAAUGGAGUUGAGAAAAUCCCGACGCGAUCACAAGCCCAAUCACCGACUUCAUCGAAAUCAUGAAGAAACUCGUUUGCGCAAUCAGCGACGCAUUUUGGAGCAUUCGCUUAAACCCGUACUUGAUGGAGAGGGCCAGAAAUCAAGUGAGUUGUGGGCCAGUGUUCCACUUACGUUGAGAAGAUCUGGAUAUGGAUGUCUAAAGGCAACUGAGAUGGUGCUGAACAACUUUUUCUACCUCACCAUCCGCUUUGCAAAUGAGCCUAAUGAAGCGUCGGUUUUGGGGGAUCUUUGGGUCCUUCUCAUACGUUACCGACCGGCGAAUUUGCAAUUCAUUCUGCGUUACCUCAUUGUUGUCGCUUCGCUGGCUCCAGCUACCCUCUGCUCGCAUGUGAAUCGCGUGGUUUCUUUCCUUACAAACGAGGAUCCUUCCAGUGUAGUGGAUGUUCUUAUGACCGAACUGCAGACGAUUGACGGUGCAGGCCUUAUGAUCGAACCCUUGCCAUUCCCACCCUUCUUCCACAUUGCUUUCCUCUCUGAUCUCAUCGAGCACAGUUUUACUGCCCCAACGGGUGUUACAAACGCUGCCACUACAACUACCGGGAGCGCACUGACGGUGACCGCGACGGAGGACAGGCAGCGCCGGAAUGUCAUCCCAGAGACUAUCACCUUCAGUCAGAGGAGCAGUGUGAUGACUGUUGAUCCAGAUUGCCAGUCCGUAAGUGCCCGGCCAGUGUCUUCUUGCAGUGGUGGAUGGCAGUUGAACGGAGGCGAUGAUGAAACCGCCAUUGUCUCACUAAAGUCUACUGUUGAAGCCUCUCCACUUGCUAAUACCACUUCCGCCAUCUCUCGUCUCACCAACCGCUUCGCAAGCAGCGCAACUGCAAUGGGUCGUCGAGCUCUCCGAACCGCUCUCCAUCCCGGUGGGGGUCGACAGUCCAAAACUUCCGUCACCCUUGACCAGGGACAACCCCAAGAACUUGACAUUGACUCUCUCGAUGGGGAAGUGGAGGAAGAAUGCAGAGGGGCCCGAACGACUGCUGACACCAUGCCGACUCCACAGAAUCAAAAUACCACCACCGCUGAAGCCCUCAUCACAGCAAAGAGUCAAACGCUUCCCUAUACAGCCGCCUCUCGUGAGAGAUACAACAAACAGGCCAUUGUCAGCAUGGAUGGGACUCCAUUGAGCCGCCCAAGCCGUCUUCGAAAGAUUCUCUCUCGUCGCCGUGCGGCUGCGGGCGAAAAAGGUGGUAGUGGUGGUGGACGUCGAAAUCCCUUCCGAUCGAUGUUCCGUGGUAGUGGUGGCGGAGGCGGAGGCGGGGGAAGUGGUGGCCGCGGUGACGCUGCGAAAAUUUCCGAAAUCGUGGCCAAAGUUUCCGAUAGUGCCCGCCUCUACACCACCUCUCUACCGCCAAAUCUAGCGUCGUUGCAGCCUCUCCCACUGCCUCUCCACUCACACUCAAUCUCCCAUAUCAACGACUAUCGGAGAAAACGAAAAGGCGGUCGACACAGAUGCUCCUCACCGCGUAAUCUACGUCGUCACCACGGAAACGCUCAUGGUGAUGGUGAUGUGAAUCAACGAGCAAAGGUUCCUCUCUCAGACACAAGUCUGCUUUUGCAACAGCCCCUGCCGAUGCCAAAGGAAGACAAUGUUUACCACGCUCCUUUGCGGGAUUGGUUUACGGAGCCCUUUGUAACCAAUGGGUCCCUUGUCUUUAGCGGAAUGUGGUCUCCUACAGGAGCAAGGUCGCCGUUAGUUCUUGUCCUAGUUGGAGAGAUAUUAAAAUCGCAUAAUAAGCAUCGAGUGGCGUGGCGUAAGCACAUGCCCCUCCUUCUGCUCUGUCUGUUUCUUGGCUUAGACCACUGUCGACCCUUGGUACAGGAGGAGAGCAAGCAGCUGCUAGUAAACAUGUUGCGGGUUAUAUGUCCUCGUAUCGACCUUCUGCGUCUCCUCUCCCUCCAGCUGGAAAUUGACUCUCAGUGGAUUUCUCACGCCAUGCAUAACUUUUCAUUGCGCGGUCAGCAGUUCUGUCUCACUCUCGAUGAUGGUCCAUCUGUGCCAAAGUUCUACUUGCCAGCACCCACGGAUGCUCCACUCACCGAGGUUUCAAAUUGUCCCAUCUGGUCGACUUAUUGCGUACCCAACUCCUCCUCCAUUGGUGCUCUAGCUGUAACCGGAACACCUGCAGCUCCAUCUGGUUUUGGUACCUCUGCUACCCCACCGACUGGUCUUUCGCCCCUCACCGAUGCUCCACCUCUUAUUGCCACAACCUCUACCACUAGCGGUGGUGGGGGAAUUUUGUCACGCUCCUCACUAGUUGCCCACCAGCCUACCGCAUCGCGACCAAGUUACGUUUUUGGCUCCACCUACAGCCUCAUGAGCACUGCCACCCUUAUCCCUGCGGGUUUGUCGAUGGAGCAGGAAUCAAAGCGGCGCUCAGUCGUGCUUAAUGACUUGCCCCCUCCGCCGUCUUCGUCCCAGCCUCCAACCUCAUCGGCUCAUACUGUAGGGGAGGCAGGGGAUAAAUCGGCUGCGAUGUCGAUGGAUGAGAUGGCUGUGGUCACGGCUCCGUUUGACUGUGAAGCAAAACACUUACAUCUGGCGGCUGAAAGGAUUGGCCAGUUACUUGAAGAAGUUCAAGAUCGCUCUAUCUGGACGUGGGAGGAUAUCACACCGAACCGAUUUCAGCAGGCCACACUUGUAACUCUUCGCUCCAUCCUUCCUCCCCAUCCCUCAACGUCGCCACAACUACGUAAAUCAUUCCUCCUCCUUCGCUCAGCCUGUUUCCUUGAUCGUUUUGUUCGCUGCGUGGCAGAGGCUUUUGCUGAAGCAGAGGCCGGCUGUCGGUGCGAAGAGGCUGCCUCGUGUCUGUGCUGCCACCACGGGGAUCCUCACCGUCACCCCAACGAUGGGGGAGUUGACGAAACGAACACAGAAAAUCUUGGUGGUGGGGGUCCGAGUUCUGAUGGUUCUGCGUUUUUCCUCUUCCUUCGCUCCGGGUGUACAAUCACACGGUUCGCUCAGGCUGCUUUUAACAUGGGUAUCACGUGUCCCAAUCGUCACUAUGCGAGUCGAUCCUUGCAAAUUUAUCGCGCAUUGGAUGCACAGUUAGAUGAGAAGAGCCUCUCAGAGGUGUUGGUACGGCUAGCUGAAUCGAUAUCAGAUACCAGUGAGGAAUUGCAGAGCUACAUGGUUGAGUUAUUCCUCACCUUGGAGGCAGCAGUGGGGCACAUUCAAUGCCGAGGGACGGUGCUUUCACCUUUCAUCAUUAGUAAUGGUCAGUUUGCUGCUCGUAGUCGAUCUUCUGCACCUAACUCUCCCCUUGUCACCUCAAAGCCACCGCAACCACCUCAGUCUGCAUCACCACUCUUAUUAACACCACAAGCACCGCCACCAACGCCUCCAGUGCAUGAGCGUCGUCACUCGCGUCGAGGCUCCUCCUCCUCCCUCUCCAGUCUCCUCGGUUAUCCCGCUUCUAUUGUUGGCACUGCUGUGGUUCCAACUCCAUCGUUGGUCCCGAUUCAGCAAAACACUGGUCUAACCGUACCGCCUAUCAAGAGACCGCUUAUGCCGCCGCAUGCUGAAGCGGUGAGUGAGGAGACAGAUGUGGCCCUUGCAUCAGCACCAUCGACAUCAGCGUUGGGUCCCGUGAAACCAACUCCGAUGCCUCCUUUCCCUUCGAAUGCAUAUAGGUCCUCUAACAACACUGGAGUGGUGCCAGUAGCAACAAAUGAUGCAAGGUGGGAUUAA